CUUCUAAAUGCGUGGUGACGUGCGCGCCACCGUCUCCGAGUUUGAGAGCGCGCGCGUGCGCAGAGCCGGCCUUGCCCUGUGUCUGGGAGGUUGGAAGAUGGAAGAUGAUGAGGUUGCUGAGAGCUGGGAGGAAGCUGCUGAUAGUGGGGAAAUAGACAGACGGUUGGAAGAGAAGCUGAGGAUCAGCCAAAAAGAGAAGAAGUCGAGGUCCCCCCAGAAGACCCCCAUAGUGAUCCAGGACGACUCGCUGCCCGCUGCCCCUCCCCCACAGAUCCGAAUCCUCAAGCGACCCUCGAGUAACGGGUCCCUGGGAGCCUCCAGCCCUGCCCAGCGCCCACCGGCGCAGGUGAAGACGCUGGCACAGAGAGAGGCCGAGUACGCAGAGGCUCGCCGCAGGAUCCUGGGGAGCGCCAGCCCAGAGGAGGAGCCAGAGAAACCCAUACCGACCACCGACAGGCCAGUUCGAGUCAGUGCCCCCUUGGAGGAAGCCAGACCGCCCAACAAUGUGAUCCGGCAGCCGACAGGCCCCGAUGGCACACAAGGAUUCCGCCAGUGGAGAUAAGCAGCGAAGGGGUGAGAAUGCAAGCCCCUGGAACCGCAGGACUGUCCGGCUUGGAGGAGGAGGUUGGGGGGAGGAGUAUCAGGAGGGGGUGGGGGAGACCCUUCCCAAACCCAUACCCCCCACCCCCAUCCAUGGGGAGGAUGUGCAGAGGGAGAGGGGGGAGGUAUCCGCCUGAACCAAGCAACGCACUGUGACAAUGAAGAAGCAGCAGCAGCAGCCUCUUCACGACUCCGCUCACUGUGACCUUUGCCCCUCCCCCUCUUGCACUGUGCCGCCAUCCCCUCCUCGCCUGGCCCACUGUGACUGGCACACCGCUACGGGCUCUCCCGGAACGCCAUGGCAGAAGAAGAGACUCGGGUUCAAGGAACUGAGAGAAAUAAUAAGCGAAAGAGAAAAUAAGGAAAGAAGCGGGUGCCAGCUUUUCCCAGCAAUAAUAUUAUUCAAUAUCUCCCUAAUCAUCAGAUCGGUUGUUUUUUUUUGGGGGGGGGGAAGGGUGUUAAUCCUCACACCUGUUUUUUUGUAUUUUUUUCGGUUUCAUAUCAAAUACGGUGCCUGGUAUCUCUGUUAAUGUGUUUUUCGGGGCCUACCUGGUUUGUAAAAUGUAAGUUCUACUUCAUUUUUUUUUUAAUUGUCAAAUUUAUUAGGAAUCAGAACGUUCCUUAAAUGCAAUUUGUAUUGUAAAUAUAUGUAAAGCUGAGCAGAGAAUAGGGACAGCUGAAUGACAGGGGUCCAGCCUAGCUUGUGGGGACCUCUAGUGGCCCCUAUUGUGUUUAAUGUGCCACAUGCUCCUUUCACUGUUAGAGUAUUGUAGUUUCAUUGAAGGGGUGCACUCCUCGCUCCCCAUCCUCACCACUGUUUUUUGUAGUGAGUCUGCCUACACCAACAAAGUCUGUAAAUUACGUUUUUGUCAGGCUGCUACAAUGCAGUUUGGGGCUUGAAUUUGGCUUUAGUGAAAUUCCUGGUUGAAAUAAAAAUCUGAACUUCGCAGUACUUGAGAACUGAACAGAUAUGAGGUAACCACUGCUCUAGCGCAUUGUCACGUUUUACAGACACUGAUUGGGACUAAUUGUGAGACUAGUAGUUGCAGAUAAUCUGUGUCUGUAAACCAAAACGAUAACACGCUAGAGCAGUUAUUUCCAAUCUCAGUCCUCAACAAGCAUUAAGAACCUGGGACUCAACUGUGACAGCAUCUUUCUUCUCCAAGCACAUUUACAUGCUCAGUUAUGAAGAGUGGAGUGCAAGAACGUGUUUGUCUCAGUGGUACUGUUUUCAGUAGGCUAGAUAGAGGGAGAGAGAGAGAGAGACCCACUUUUUUUUGUAUCCAUCACAGCACAGUUAUAUAGCUAAAGACAACACUGUUUUCAAUGACUUGACAGUGAAUUAGCUGAAACAAAUCUUUAAUAAAAAAAUAGUUUGUUUUUUUAACUGUAAA